AUGGCCUUUCCAAACGAAUCAAGAGAAGAUUCUCCCUGCAAAGAGAAAAGAACGGGUAGAGGAAAGAUCGAGAUCAAGCGGAUCGAAAACACCACUAAUCGCCAAGUCACUUUCUGCAAGAGGCGCAAUGGGUUGCUCAAAAAAGCCUAUGAAUUAUCUGUUCUAUGUGAUGCUGAGGUUGCUCUAAUAGUCUUCUCCAGCCGUGGUCGCCUCUAUGAAUAUUCUAACAACAGUGUGAAAACAACAAUUGAGAGGUAUAAGAAGGCAAGUGCUGAUUCCUCUAAUGCUGGGUCAGUCUCUGAAGCUAAUGCUCAGUUCUACCAGCAAGAAGCGAACAAACUGAGGCAGCAAAUUGGGAAUCUUCAGAACUCAAACAGGCACAUGAUGGGUGAAGCACUAAGUAACUUAAAUGUCAAGGACCUCAAAAACUUGGAGACUCGUUUGGAGAAAGGAAUCAGCCGAAUCCGAUCCAAAAAGAAUGAACUGCUGUUUGCAGAAGUCGAAUACAUGCAGAAGAGGGAAAUUGACUUGCACAACAACAACCAGCUCCUUCGAGCAAAGAUUGCCGAAAAUGAAAGAGGUCAGCAGAAUAUGAACUUGAUGCCUGGAGGGAGCAGCUAUGAGAUUAUACAAUCUCAGCCAUUUGACUCUCGUAACUUCUUCCAAGUGAAUGCAUUACAACCUACCAAUCACUAUGCACGCCAGGACCAGAUGGCCCUUCAGUUAGUGUAA